GCAGGAGAGGUUUUCGUGCGAUUACUUAUAGCCAAAAGUCGAGUUGCUCCCUUGAAGCCUUUAACCAUUCCGAAACUUGAAUUUUGUGGCGCGCUGGUCGGUGCUCGGUUGUAUCAAAAGGUUAUUAACUCACUUCGAGCCCAAGUUAGCAGCGCAACGUUCUGGAGCGAUUCGACCAUAGUUCUCGCGUGGCUCAAAACAUUACCAAGCAAGUUGCAGCCAUUUGUUCGCAACCGUACAGCCGAGAUUCUCGAAAUAUCAGGCAAUAGUUCCUGGCGACACGUUCCGACUAACGAGAAUCCUGCUGAUCACGUAUCUCGCGGUGUUAGUUUCGAGGAAAUGAAUUCCCUUGACUUAUGGAGGUCCGGUCCUAGCUUCCUAAAGCGUGAUGCUUCGACGUGGCCACAGAAUCCGUGUACAGAAGUUUCUAAUUUACCUGAGGUUCGAACAGAAAUAACCUUGUCUGCUUGCAUUCAAGACGAGACUUUCAUUGACUUUGAACGAUUUUCAAACUUCUUACGGUUAAAACGCGCCGUAGCGUACGUUUUGCGCUUCAUAUCGGCUUGUAAAGGGAUGACAGUAACUACUCAAUAUUUAAACGAUGUAGAAUUAAAAAACGCAUUAAACCUCCUGAUAAAAAUAUCACAAGCCGAAUCAUUACCUGAGUAUAAACUACUAUUAAAAUCUCAAACUUUACCUAAGGGUAGUCCACUGUUAAAGUUAAACCCCUUUUUAGACGAAAAUUCAAUCAUGCGCGUUGGUGGUCGCCUUGCAAACUCGGAAUUUCCAUAUGAGCAAAAGCAUCCCAUCAUCUUACAGUCCACUCACAAAUUUACAAAGUUGCUUUUCUAUUUCGAGCAUAAGCAUUUAUUACAUGCACCACCACAGCUUUUAUUAGCCACUAUUAAAGAGCGAUACUGGCCGAUAGGAGGACGCAAUUUGGCUAAGUUGUGUUACAAACAGUGCGUCCUAUGUAUCCGAAUGAAGGGACGCGUACUUAGCCUUUUGAUGGGUAAUUUACCUAAAACUCGGUUGUCCCCCGAAGGCCACGUAUUCGUCAAUGUAGGCGUAGACUAUGCAGGUCCUAUCAACUCGGCUAGUCGUCAGGGAAGAGGUUGUAGGAUAGUAAAGGUAUACAUCGCCAUAUUCAUAUGCUUUACAACGAAGGCCAUACAUUUAGAGUUGGUUGGUGACCUAACAAGCAAUAAUUACUUGAUGGCUUUGAAUAGAUUUAUGUCGCGCAGAGGUAAGCCCGCUAAUAUCUACUCAGAUAAUGGGACCUCGUUUGUUGGCGUAUACAACGAAUUGUCAAGGUUCCUCAAAUCCAAUUGCAAUUCUAUUGCCGAAAGUGCGUCCAAUGUAGAAACGAACUUUCAUUUUUUGCCAGCUUACGCGCCACACUUUGGUGGUCUCUGGGGAGCGGGUGUAAAGUCAACAAAACAUCACUUAAACAGAGUGCUGGGCAAUUCUAAUCUUACAUACGAGCAACUUAAUACUACUCUGGUUAGGAUUGAGGCAAUUUUAAAUUCUCGGCCACUCACCGCUCUGUCUACGGAACCCGACGACCUGAUGCCGCUAACUCCUGGACACUUUCUCAUCGGCCGUCCACUGACCGCGCUGCCAGCUCCUGACUACCGAAACCACUCCUAUAACUAUUUAACGCGCUUCCAACGGAUAGAACAACUGCGCCAGCACUUUUGGACUCGUUGGAGCAAGGAAUAUAUCUCGGAUCUGCAGCAAAGGGUCAAAUGGCAAACGGCCGGAGACUCUUUAUCCCAGAAUACUCUGGUUCUUCUAAAAGAAGAUAAUCUUCCCCCUUUGAAGUGGAGGCUGGGCCGCAUCGUUGCAGUUUUCCCUGGACGAGAUGGAAUUAAUCGCGUCGCCGAUGUGCGCACUGCUAAUGGAGUCGUCAGAAGGGCAUUCUCCAAGAUAUGUCCAUUGCUGAAUGCUGAUGUUCCCACAUAAAAGGCCAGCUUUCAGCGCGCGGGGGCAUGUUGGAGAACGCAGGAUCAUAACGCCUAACAAAAACCUCUCUGCAAAGCCGCCCGCACUCCUGUGCGCUACAACUUAUUAUAAUAGGAUUUUUAGUUUUAAGCACUUACACGUAAGCUUUUGUACCGACUGGUAAUAAAAUAGCCAUGUCCUAAAUUAAA